UGUUCAAGCUAGUUUUUCUGCUUCAUCCUAUUUUAUUGGUACAGGUUCUGUGCAUUACCACAUUGACUAGUAUGUCGUUAUCAGAUAUGGUAGUUAAUAAGUUAGUAUUUCAUCUCAAUGAGUAGCCAGUAUCUUAACCAAGCAUGGGCAACAACCAUUCUUCCAAUUCUCAUUGAAGAGGUCUCAGUGAGGGUCUGGAAAAGACUGUUGGCAUUGGCAUUCAUCCCUUCUGAGAUCUAAAUUGAACUACUUCGUUUCGCAGUGGAUUCUGCAGAAGCAGGAAUUUUAACUCAGCAAUGAACUCAGGGUGUUUUGAGGGCAAAAGCAGAACAGGUUGAGGCAAAUCAGAGCUACAAGUUUGUUUCCCACAAUGGAUGGACUGGAAUUCCCAAGGAAGCUUCUUCAAUCAACUAGUUCUCAAUCAUAUAAUUUAACUGUUAAUAUUGUUAGUUCAAGCGAUGAUGAUUUCGUAGAUUGGUACGUCACGCUUACUUUUUUGACGCGUUUACUUGCAUACAUUACAAUUUUAACCUUGCUUGUAGUUGUUGUAUACAUGAUAAUGAAGUACAUAAGCGAUUAUGAAGACGGGAGGAGCACUACAGAGAAUGUUUUCGAUCACACCGAAAGCAGCCCAGUAUUACUGCCCGCGAAGACCAUUCCGGUGACAUACGGCACUUGUGAUCACUGGGGUACAGAAUCUGGAAAUUGCGGCAGUACCAGCAGCAUCACUAGCUCCUCCGAAGAGUUAUACGAUGGCAAAAUAUGCGUGAUUUGCUACAGUGACCUAAGGAAUUGUUUCUUAGUUCCUUGUGGUCACUGUGCUACAUGUUAUGACUGUGCACAAAGAAUUUUUGAGGGGGAAAAUAGAACAUGCCCAAUAUGCAGAAGAUUGAUUGGAAAAGUAAGAAAGUUGUGUGUUGAAUCCUAGACCUCCCGCUUUGUCUCUUUACUUGGUUUAUGUGAUUGUAUUCUUGAGCAGGAAGUAAUUAUUUAGAUGCCCCCCUUUUUUUGUCUAUUAAGUUGGGCAAUUGAGGCAUAAUUUCCAUUUGGGUGCGGUUAUUGUCAUCAUACGAUCUACUUUGUUUAUU